CUCGACUCGACUCGACUCGACUCGACUCGACUCGACUCGACUCGACUCGACUCGACUCGACUCGACUCUCUGGUGCCUACGUAUUGUGCCGGCCACUUCUUACAUGUACUAUAAAAUUCCAAGCAGCAAAGCGGUGUAAGGGUACCCAACGGUAGACAAAACCGCAAGCAAAGUGUGUUCUGCUCCACCGCAGGCUUCCUUUUGGAACAUGGGCAAGGGCAUGGAAGCAACAAUGGUUCCCGAUCCAUCCGUUGUGAUCAUCACGUCAAAGACCGACCAAAACCAUUCUCUAGCGUAAGCAAAGAUAAUGGUUAUGGUACCGAAAAGUUGACUGUCAUGUGGUCAUGCAGUCGUUCGAAAUCUAUCUGAAUCCUACAAUGCUGCACCAUGGGUAUCCGUUGCUCCGACACGUUGUGCAAGGAUCGAAUCUUUCUUUCCUCUUGACCGUGGCAAAUUGGAUCAGAUUUCCUCCAUUGAGAUCCGUGCCACUGGUCGAACCCAACGAAACUUUCAUGGGCAACCUUGCAGUGAAUUCGGUUGAAAAGAUUCGUUCUGGGACUGGACCUUGGCAACAAUCGUCGGCCAUCUCUACUCACUGAGAUGCCAAGGAGCGCCGUCAAAAUGCAUGCGUUGAAAAGGGGAGACCUGCAUGGAAAUGAUCAGUUGAUCUGAUGUCCUGAUACUCCGUACUCAUGAAAAUGGCAGCGUCCCCACUCGUUUAGGGAGGGCUGAGCACAUUGUUUGAUCAACGUUGCAAGAAAAGUGAGAGGUUCUCGAUUUUCUUUUGCCCCAAUCCAUUCAAGAGCUACCAGCAGAAACAACAACCAUGGAAAUUUCGAAUCAUUCUAGCAGGGACCAGCGUCUCGAGCGUAGUCGGUACAUCAGCAAGGAUGCACCAGGCAAGACAUCGAACAAGAGUUCAAGUCGCCAUCGUGGCGACGAGCCCAUCGUCGUCGCACCACAAAGACGAGAUUGUAUCACGGAUGAUCGAAUGUAUGUCGCGGAUGAAAGACAAGACAGUUCGGGCAGAACUCAUGCGCAAGAGCCAAGAUGGAACGACUUUGCUAUGACGGUGCAUGAUCUCUUGUGUACUGCUCCGUGUUUUGUCGGAUCCAUCCACGGCGAGGGGGAUGCCGUUUCCACCGCGUCGGGAACGUUCACCUUGCCCGUUGACAACACUACCAGCGGUAGAGUUGGAGCGCAGGACAGUGAUGACGAAGAUAUGCUGGCUUCAUCCAUUCAUGAGUCAUCCUCCUAUAGUGGACACCCCGUUGACUGGGGUGACGACGAUGACCACGACGACGCGGACGAUGAAGGCGACUACCACGGAACAAGAAUGAACAAUCUAGCUGGGAGACGCUACCUCGCACCACCCAAGCAACAGGAAUCCAUCUAUCGAACGCCCAGCCAACUGUCUGCGGCUCCCUCCUUUGCUUCUCACGCGUCGAGGUUCACCCAGCGGGCUCCUUCGGCUUCCACUUCCCACUGCUCCUCAACUGUAUCUCAAUUUGGUCUGCAUAGAAGUCCCGCCUGGAGCCAUGACCUGGAUACUGAAGACGAAGUGAGUCUAGCGGACGAUGAAGACUGGGAAGCAUUUGUGCCUGUUCACAACACCGACUAUCGCCGCAUUGAAACAAGCAACGGAAGCAAAAGCGUCAUUGAUGUCACGUACAUGGAAGACAUGUUCAAUGGAUUUUCCAUGGACGAAAACCAGGGAAGUCUUCCGAGAAGGUAGACUGUGUUGCUCUCUUUUGUGGGACAUGGUGCUGUGGGUUGCUCCAACUAGAAUCUUGCUGCCCAUUGGUACCAUGCCGACCGGUCCCGCAGCUACUGUAGCGGAAUAAAGUUAAGACAUUCUCAGGGUUUCAAACGGCCAUGUCUAGCUAGCCAGUUCAGUUUUUACAAUUUGGUUUCUUCCGGCUCUUCCUGUCUCGCCU